UACCGGACGUGACGUCCUUCGACCCUACGACCCGGUAGUGAUUUCCUAGCAUGUGCGAUUGUGCGUGUGUGUUGUUUACGUACGUGCAGAUGAAAUGCCUCUAGAAAAUGCUGGUCCUUCAGGAAUUGUUCGUGCAGUCCAAAAAGACGAGGAUUACCUCAGCUAUGUCAACGAAUCAGUCAAUUUCCUUGUUCAAAUGCUUGCAGGACCACAGUCAUGGUUGAGAUGGAGGAAAGAAAUAGAAGUUUUAGCAGGAGCUGGUUACUUCAUAUGCACUACUAUAUCAGGAUACCAAACACUUGGUGAAGAAUAUGUGAAUAUUCUUCAAGUGGACCCUUCUCGGAUCGCUGUGCCAUCCCUUACGAGAAGAGUGAUCAUGGUGUUUUUACACGUUGCCACCCCCUACAUUAUACACAAGCUGCUUCUACGCUUGCAAAAUAUCCUGAAGCAACCCACGAACACGCUCGGGAUCCCCGCAGAGACCAGGCGACUGUUACUCGGAUACAUUCCAAUCAUUCGGAGAGCAGUAGAGCUGUUGCAGCGAUGGCAUCUGGCGUGGUUCUACGUGCGGGGGAUGUAUUAUCAACUCGCGAAGCGAUUCACUGGUGUGACCUACCUGAGCGUUCGGAGUGAGCUGUGGCGAGACAGUGCCAGACAUAGUUACCGGAUGCUGGGCAUGCUGUCUCUCACACAGCUGCUGUCCACCCUCGCUUACUCCGCCUACAGCAACCGCAAUAACGUCACCGAAUUCUUCGCCGGAGAUCUACAGGAAAACACGACGCCGGCCAAGAGUUCAGCCGCGUCGUUAGAGCCGCGGUCGAAGUGUUCGCUGUGCCUCGACGUGCGACGCGACACGACAGCGACAAGCUGUGGUCAUCUGUUCUGCUGGAGGUGCAUCUUUGAGUGGGCAGCAAACAAGGCCGAGUGUCCACUUUGUCGAGAGAAAUUCCACCAAAGUCGUCUGCUAUACCUGCAGAACUACGGCUGAGAGGGUCUAUUAUGUCCCCCAGGGUACUGCCGGAACGUACCCUGGUAACUAUCUGAUAUGCCGGACU